GGGGGCUGUUCAGGGGCAGCGGUCGCAAACAGACCUUCGCGCAUGCGCACUGGGCGCAUAGCAACUGGUUAACGGAGGAUCGAGAACAUCGCUUAUGCACAAUUUGGUAUCAAAAAUAGAUAAAUCAGCCCAAACACUCUGGCAGGAAUCAUGGGGAGUGUGUUCCUGCCAGCAAAUUCAGCCCACUCUGUGCUGAGGAGGCUGCGGAGGGCAAACUCCCUCUUGGAGGAGAUAAAGCUGGGGAACAUUCAGAGGGAAUGUCGCGAGGAGGUCUGCACCUAUGAGGAGGCCCGUGAAGCUUUUGAGAAUGAUGAGAAGACGAAACGAUUCUGGGAGGAAUACGUACGGGAAAGCAACCCACCCAGCGGGUUUGAUUCUAUGGUCGGCGGAGUCCAGUCUCUCUACCUGAUUGUGCCGCUGCUGCUGGUUGGGCUUGUCGUUAUCGCCGUCGCCAUCACUGCGUGGCGCUGCCACUCCCGGAAGCGCUCUCAGCGCAGCCCAGGCCUGGGGCACUCGCAUCACAACCAUGUCCUGUCUGUGGUCUCCAUGGACCAAUGGGGGAGGGAAUAUCAUCACGGUGACCAAUCAGAACUCAGCAUCCACAGCAGCCCGGCCUAUCCAGGUUCUGAGAUCACGUCGGCGAGAGGAAGUGCGGGUGAUCCACCGCCAUCUUAUGAAGAUGCUGUGGGCCACACAGAUGUCCAUAUAGAGACAGAGCCGCCCCCCCAGUAUGAUGACAUAGUGAACACCAGCUCUGGAAGAAUCAGCAGUGGACAAAGGAAGUGAAAACAUUUCAAACUAAAACCCUAACCUACAUGUUUAGCAGUGCUUCUACUGUGAGAUCACCAGGCAUCAACAUUCACGUCCAGCAGUGGACUCAUGCAAACGUAGCCGGUGCCAGUUCUGCUGACAUUUGCACUAAUCUUUUUAUCGUUUAGGUGAAGUGAAAAAUAAGGGAUGAAAUUAUACAGUAAUACCAAAACCAAACAACACCUCAUGUGAAGGCAGAAAUGACUGCUAUAAUUAAGACCAGUGGAUUAGAGGGUCUGAGUGAUACUUCCAAGAAGAUCAGUGCCAAACUACGGAGAUUGUUUAGGUUAAAUGACAUAAUCUGAACUUUCUUACCAACAUCUAUUAAUGCUGUUUUUGUCAAAAAUACCUACAAGGCCAGAUCUUGGAUUUGAGACCAGCUUUAAAUUGGGUAAAUUGGUCUUUAAUAGAAUAUUACACCCUAGUAAAGAUGUGUAACAUGCCGUAAAUAAUAAUAUAUUCCAUAAUCUAGGAGUUCCAUUAUCUCACAUAAAAUUUAAGAAAAGGGAAACCUUUAACUUGACUAGAUUUAUUUAGUGGAGGGAAAAAAUGGAAAAAGAAAAUAAAAAGCGACCAAUAGCGUUGUCAAUAGUACAUUAGUACCAAAUCAGAUGGAUUUGUUGAAUCACAAACAAGACAAACACAUGUAGAAAACACAGGGAAAUAACAUAAAUGCAAGUUCGAACAGAAGUUUUGAAGUGUUUUUGAAAUAGUUAACAGAGCUCAAAUAUUGGCUGAAGGAUAGAGUGGGUGUGUCAAAGGGGCAAUGGUGGCAAAAGCUUUGUCUAAUCCUUAGCAGGUUUGCUGAGACCAUAAACGCAGCACCGUAAGGACGACGCGGGAUGUUUAAAUCACGGUGAUUGUUUAUGUAAUGCUCCUGAAGGAGAAUUGGAAAUUGAUGGAGAGCCAGUGGCAGCUGAAGAAAGAAAAAAUAGAAAUGAAUAGGGUAGAAGUCGAAGGUUGUAGCUUAUUGUUGGAAGGAUCUUUGAAAGAAGGGCUGUUAACAUCCUUCACUGUUAACAGCUGGCCUGAUGUGCAUUCGUUCUUUACUUUAUGCGAAACACCUUGAAGAAACCCAAUCUCAUUCGCUUCCUCAUCUAAGCCUACAGCUCCUAUUAAAGUCUCUGCAGCAAGGCGCUGCCAUUUCUAUUUGUAAUAGUAGGGCAGGAAAGUCUAUGUGCUUGUUCUCCUGUUUGUUGAAGAGUAGUUAUCAAGUUGCCUUUAACUUGAUCUUUUAGGAUUUAAGGAUCCGUAGUGAUGCCUAAAAAAAAUCCUUUCCUGUUGUGACCGGUGUAGUUGCUGAUGGUUUGUAAUAUUUGUUGUGGGGAACUGAUGGCCUUGAGUUCUUUAACAGUAUACUUUCAAGGAGCGAUAAAUACGGGUCUCCAUCAAGCUGUGCUGCAGGUUGUACAAGAAAACAAGCCUCUUGUGUAAAAUCCUGUUUAUACCACAUGGAAAUAGUCAUUGAGUUGUUAUUUAGAAACGGAUACUUCACUUGCAUUUGUGUUAUGGGAAUAAAUCUGAAAAUUCUUCUUAAAAUUCAAAAUCAUUCUACUUUUCAAAUAAAUGUACUCAAGACAUUCGUUAGGAAAUGCAAUUAUAAUGUUUCUGAGAUAAAAAAACAAAAAAAAAACAGUUAUCUGACGGUGCUUUACACAGCUUUGCCAGGGUGCCAACAAAUUUAGUUUUAAGGCUUUUUUUCCUCUUUUGUUCAGUUUUCAGACUCUCUGAACUGCAAAAGCUAUUGUGUAAAAACUGGAAUAUGAUCUAUUAACUCGUGUGAAUUUUUUUGGUGUUGCUUCUUUUGUGUGUGCUGACUGUGAGGGAAGCAGCCAGUCACAUUUUUUAUAACCAAUAAUUAUAAAUCUCUAAAGCUGCGUUAAUCCUAAAGAUAAAAUCCCCCACCUCUCCACAAAACUAACAAAAGCACUCCACUUUAUUGUUGUCUUAAUCCCAGUUUAUGUAGUGUCUUUUCCCAGGAAAUACUUUAAUCUUUCCCGUUUAAUACAAAAAAAAGAGAAAAAAAGGGAAGGUGGGAAUUACCUAACUUAACCUGGUAAUGCAUGAACUUGGUCUUUUAAGGUCAUACCCGUUUCUGCACUGUUUGUUGACAGCUGUGGCUCAUUACCUUUAUUAACCUGUGGGUUUCUGCUUUGAGGUCAGAAUAUGGAUUAAAAAAAGGAUAUCCUGGAGCUGAAGGGAAAUUAAAGAAAUUAUUUUGUGUCAAAAGUCACAAUACUCCAACUCCAUAUUUUGCAUGUGAAAAACACUUUUACAUACUGUAUAUGUGAAUAGAAUGUGUUGAAAGUUAACUAACAUUGAUUUUUUUUAAUGCAUAGGAAUGUUGUUAAUGUGUUCAUACUAAUGUGAUUGACUUGCAGUAGGCUGUGAGGAAAACAAGAACCUGUAGGAGGAGUCCGGUUGAAGUUCUCACGAUUCACUUCCAGCAUCCGAUAAGUCGGCUUAAUUCUUGGUGCUUCUGAUAUAUAUGCAACUUUUCCUGAGUGCACCGCACUUAACACUCGAUGUACCCGUUAAACACUCCUUAGCAAAGAUAAACCUUGCUGAUCUUUUCACAGGGCACAAACCUUUAUUUAGCAUUGAAUGUUGUCAUACUUGUAUAUUAACUGACCUGUAAACUACGGCAUUUACUCUGAGACUGGACCGUGCCGGUAGUCACCUUGGUUACUUUAACCAGUACUUCCACAGAGCCUUGUUUUAUUGUUUUUUUUUUUUUUUUAUAAUGCCUUAUUAAACAAAAUGUUAUAUAUAAUUAAACACAAUGAAAAAAACGGUAUAAGAUCUUGUAUAAUGAAGAGUGCUAUUAAUUUUUAAUAAAAAAAGACACAAAAAUA